AAGGCCGUAUGACUGUGUUUCGAUGCUUGCCGGAACUUCCGUCAUUUCCAGCAAUUGUUUUGUUUAGCAUUUAUUUCGUGGGAGGCACACGGCAUGAUUACAUGAUUACUUUCGUUUUGAGAACACUGCUUAAAAGUGUGUUUUGCUUUAAAGCUGCAUCUAGUUUGGAGCUGUGCUGUAAAAACAUUUUUUAUAUUAAAAGUUAAAACUUUGAAGAGAGAUGUUGGACCAAAGGCCACAAGACAUCCAGUUACCUACUGUGGGUGAAGGAGUGCAGCAAACCAGUGAAAGAAAUCAAGAAACCACAAAAAAGAAGCUAGGUAUUAUGGUCAAGUGCCUUGCUUGUGCAUUUGCCAUAUCUUUGGUUGUUAUUGCGGUUUUAAGUUAUUACUUGGUUAAAGCUCAGAAUGCUCCGUGUUUUUGCCCAGAUAAUUGGAUUGGUUUCCAAGAUAAAUGCUAUUAUUUUUCUAAAGAAGAGAAGAAUUGGAGCUCAAGUAGAGACAGCUGUUUAUCUGAAAAUGCUGACCUGGUUUUGAUUAGCACCCCAGAAGAAAUGCAAUUUCUUAAGCGAUAUAAGUGUACUUCUGAUCACUGGAUUCAUCCAGGAAGUCAAACAAAACAAUGGACAGAAAUAAUCGUACCUAACCACUGGCUUAACACUAAAGAGAAUGAAGAAUGUCCUUACCUUAAUGAAGAUAGUAUUGCAACAGCGAGAUGCUAUACAGAAAGAAAAUGGAUUUGCGAGAAAAAAAUUCGCUAAGUAUUUCUCAGAAUGGACUUAACAACCAUCGGUUUGCCCUUGAGAUUUUCAGUGAAGAAUAGCAUCACCCUUCAAGAGAAUUGUUAAAGAAGAGUUUCCAUGAAUAUUGUGAUGCACUGAUAUAAUCAGCAUUAAACCUUGCUGCUAGGGUGCUGCAAACUGAAGAAUAUUUAUAUUGUUUCAAUAAAAAUGCAUUUCCAAUUUUCUCAUGAUGUAAGAAAUGAAAUUGGGAAAAACACAUUUGACAAUACAGAAGGCAGAUGUGGUCCCUAGCUCUGAACGAGAAGAAAUGACAUCUUUUAAAGUUACUGGACAAUAACCUAAAAUAUAGUUAAUACCCUCUUUCCAUUUUGUAUUUAUUGAUAAAUUGUGAUACCCAUAGGCUCACAAAUUCUAUAAUGCACUUUAAUCAAAGUGUUUGUUUAAACAGAGACCCUGCAAAAAAAUGCUCGCUCUUAGACCUAGGGGCAGCCCUUUACAAGAGCAGAUAUCUAGCAAUCAAUAAUUACACAGAAUCUUUGCAAAUGAGGGUAAAUUAUAAUUGUGUUAAAUUUAUUUAAUAUUUAAAAGUAUU